AUGGCUGAUCCUCUGGUUGCUAGGUGCCUUUACUCUGGCAAAGGUUAUAUGAUUCCUUUGAAUCAAUGCAUGAGCUACUCUGAGUUGUAUGAAGACAUUUUCCGUACAUUCCAGUUUUUCCCAAGUGAUAUUAUUGAGCUUCAGUAUUCAGUUCCAGGUUGUGAAGUUUGUUUUCUUCGUAACGAUCGUGAUUUCCAGAUGCUGUUUUGCUCUGCUAGAAUACAUCGGUUAGAGUGUAUCGAUAUUUUAGUUUUAAAGAUUGGGGAAGGUUGUAGGACAACUUGUUCGAUGGAUAGUGGUUCGGAAGUUAUUGAUGAAGAUGAUUAUUUGGGUGAGGCAUUCAGGACUGAAGUUCACAAGACGUAUUUGUCUGAUGAGUGGAGUUCUUAUAUUCAUCAUGUCGGGGAUAAGUUUCAUGGUGCUGUUGAGCUCCUCUGUGCAAAUGUUGGAACCGAAGGUUGUGAUUGGCAUCUUCGUGCUUUUUCAUCAUCUGCCAAUGGUUGCCUUUAUAUAAUAGAGUUGAAUAAUAUUCACACUUGCAAGGGUGUAGUUAGGACUCAAAAGCACAAGCUUUUGGGAUCCAAGGUUGUCAAGACUUGCAUUGCUGCUGAUGUUAGCUAUAAUCUUUCAUUGAAGCCAAGGGAGAUUAUGAGCAAGUUCAAAUCAACAUAUGGGUUUGAUAUUUCCUACAAGGUUGCCUUGAAAGCAAAGCAUCGGGCCAAGGAAGCGAUUUAUGGUUCUGAUGCUGACACGUUCAGCAAGUUAUCUUGGUAUAAGAAAGCUGUUUUGCAGAGUAACCCCAGCUCUUCUUUUGUGUUGGAAGUUGAACCAUCAACAAAUCGUUUUCAGAGGCUAUUCGUAGCUUACGGAGGUUGUGUAGAAGGCUUCCAAUUAUGUUUGCCUGUGUUGUAUGUUGAUGGAACGUUUGGUAAAAGCAUUUACAAGGGGCAGAUUCUGUCUACAACUGGAAGGAAUGGGAAUCAAGGUUUCUACCCUCUAGCCAUAUGUUUUUGUGAUUCUGAGACAGAUGCAAACUGGACAUUCUUUUUCAAGCAUUUGAAGAGUCUGCUUGAACCUCAAGGAAGAGUUAUCACAUUUAUUAGUGAUCGGGGUGUUGGAUUGUUGAGUGCUUUCGAUAAGGUAUUUGCUGGUAAUCCUCAUCUGUUUUGUUACAAGCACUUGGUGGCGAACCUUGCCGGUAAAUAUAGGGGUAAAGUUGGUGGUGCCGAUAUUAUUGACCCUUUUCUUGCUAAAUUGCCUGUGGAAAAUUGGUGCUGUGCAUUUUAUACUAGCUGCCGAUAUGGAAUUAUGGCUAAUGGGAUUGCUGAAUCAUUUAAUUCUUGGAUUGCAAUUGAGCGUUUAAUGCCAGUCUAUUGUAUGCUGGACCAGACAAGAAUUAAACAAAUGGAGAUGGCGGGUAAAAGGAGGGAAGAGGCAGAACGUUGGACCACAGAACUAACUCUCAAAAUGGAGGAAAGGUUGAAGGUGCAGAUGGAGAAAUCUCGUCAUUUCAGUGACCAUUAUUCAAGCCCUGGAGUUUAUGAGGUUCGCCCUGCUGCAUUACAAACUGCUUCUGAAAAUGUAUAUGAUUAUAUUGAUAAGUACUUUCAUGUUGAUAUGUUCAAGAAGAGCUACAGUUCUCCUAUCCGUCCGAUAACCAAUGUUGAUAUGUCUUCUUCGGAAUCUGCUUCUGAAUGUAUAUUACCUCCCCUUGCGAAGAGGCCCCCCGGGAGGCCUAGGGUGAAGCGGUUCAAGUCGGUUGGAGAGGUUGAAAAGAAGCUGAUUCGUUGUGGUCGUUGUGGCAAAAUGGGCACUCAUAACAAGUUGAGCUGCACUGAACCUCUCGUUCAGCAGUAG